AUGCCGUUCGGUAACACCCACAACAAGUUCAAGCUGAACUACAAGCCAGAGGAGGAGUACCCGGACCUCAGCAAGCACAACAACCACAUGGCUAAGGCGCUGACCUUCGACAUCUACAAGAAGCUUCGGGACAAGGAGACGCCAUCUGGCUUCACUCUGGACGACGUCAUCCAGACAGGUGUGGACAACCCAGGUCACCCCUUCAUCAUGACCGUGGGCUGUGUGGCCGGUGACGAGGAGUCCUAUGUGGUCUUCAAGGAUCUCUUCGACCCCAUCAUCCAGGACCGGCACGGGGGCUACAAGCCCACCGACAAGCACAAGACUGACCUCAACCAUGAGAACCUCAAGGUCGGCUGCCCCCAGGGGAGGGGGCCUGGGGGACAGAGGGGUGAGGAGGAGAGGGGGAGCAGGCCCCAACUUGUCCUCCAGGGUGGAGAUGACCUGGACCCCCAUUACGUGAUCAGCAGCCGUGUACGCACCGGCCGCAGCAUCAAGGGCUACACGCUGCCCCCACACUGCUCCCGCGGGGAGCGCAGGGCGGUGGAGAAACUCUCUGUGGAAGCCCUCAACAGCCUGACGGGCGAGUUCAAGGGGAAGUACUACCCUCUGAAGAGCAUGACAGAGCAGGAGCAGCAGCAGCUGAUCGACGACCACUUCCUGUUCGACAAGCCCGUGUCCCCGCUGCUGCUGGCCUCAGGCAUGGCCCGAGACUGGCCCGACGCCCGCGGCAUCUGGCACAAUGACAACAAGAGCUUCCUGGUGUGGGUGAACGAGGAGGACCACCUCCGAGUCAUCUCCAUGGAGAAAGGGGGCAACAUGAAGGAGGUUUUCCGCCGCUUCUGCGUGGGGCUGCAGAAGAUUGAGGAGAUCUUCAAGAAAGCCGGCCACCCCUUCAUGUGGAACGAGCACCUGGGCUACGUGCUCACCUGCCCAUCCAACCUGGGCACCGGGCUGCGUGGAGGCGUGCACGUGAAGCUGGCGCACCUGAGCAAGCACCCCAAGUUCGAAGAGAUCCUCACCCGUCUGCGCCUGCAGAAACGCGGCACAGGGGGCGUGGACACGGCCGCCGUGGGCUCGGUGUUCGACGUGUCCAACGCCGAUCGGCUGGGCUCGUCCGAGGUGGAACAGGUGCAGCUGGUGGUGGACGGCGUGAAGCUCAUGGUGGAGAUGGAGAAGAAGCUGGAAAAGGGCCAGUCCAUCGACGACAUGAUCCCCGCCCAGAAGUAGGCGCCCAGCCCGCCCGCCGCCCUCUGCUGGAGCCCCAGCCCGAGGGAGGAGCCGGCGCCCCGGAGGCCCGCCCCUUCACCCCUUGCCCCGCCCCUUUCCUCCGGAGGCCCAAU